CUUUCUCCCAGAGACAAAAAUAUUCUGCGACCACCGCUGCACCCCCCUCCUAAACAGAUUCCUAAAAUUCGCCCAUUUGAUUCAUAAUAAUGAUAAUUGUUAGAUAUAAUACUAAUUAACAAGAAAAUAAUGCGAAAAAAUGAGUGAGUGGGGUAGUUAAAACGCAAUUGUAUGAUUAUUUACUUUUGGGCAAUGAAAAGGAGCGGUUAUUGAUUUUCCAAAGAAAAUGCCCUUUUAAACUUGGCAACGUCGGGCGGGUGUGAAGGGCAAUGACAGACGUUCUGUCACUGUCAUUUGCAAGCUAGUCGGCAUUCGAGUAAACUGUCGGCAUUUUGUUUUGCAAAUUCUUGUAUUUUGGAUAGCAGUAUGUGAAAAACGAUGCUGUUUUGUGUGAUUUUAGCUUAGGACAUAGUGCGCUGUAGGUGCAACCACCGCAUUUCCACAAAAAGUACCCGCACACUCAGUCAGUAUGAUAUGCCAAGCCCAGUUUUUAUACAGCUUGUAUGUUUUCUGUUAUUUCAUCGCAUUUUACACUGUUACAAGCAAUCCGAUUGACGAGGAGGACAAAGACUUGAACAUUACGAUCGAAGUACUCAAACAUGAGAAUCCCAGUUUGCUUCCACUAGGUGAAAACAUUACUAUGAUAUGCAAGACCCGUUGGAUGCACAGCGAAAUGAUGUGGACAUACAAUGACAAGAAUGUUUCAGAGCAGGAUGGCUUCAAACUGGAGAUGGAAAGCGAAAAUAUAAACAAAGAAUCAGGCAACAAAUUUGAAGUAUCUAUACUGCACAUUUUAAACAUAGAUUUCUCUCAUGUUGGCGAUUACAAAUGCCAUGCUAUGAUGAAGCAUAAUGAGACACAUGGUGAUUUAGAUUUUCGCCAGAUAUUGAUAAAUGUGACUGCAGAUGCACUAGUAGCAAGUAUCACACCCCCUAUAUAUACACAAAUGCACAAAACUGUGGAAAUAGCUUGUAUAGUAAAGGGAUACCCCAUUGAAGAAUUAAAAUGGCUCAAAGAUGGUGAAGUUAUCAGUGACAUGUCUUGGGAAGAAAAAAUACUUAACACAACUCAUGUAAAUACAAGUCUGAAAUUAGAAGUAACAAAAAAAGAUAAUGGAACUUACACAUGUAUGGUAUAUACUCCUUUAUCUUCUGCAAAUGCUUCCACAGAGGUCCUUGUACUCGAUAAACCUCAGAUUACCUUAGAUCUAGUGAAACCUAUAGGUAUUAAUAAGAUAUUCCUUAACUGGACUGUGAAUGAUGGUAAUAGCCCCAAAGAUCUCAAGUAUAUUGUACAAUACAAAUCAGAUGAUGAUAAAGAAUGGAUUUAUUAUCAAGCUAUGCUGAAUGCAAGUGACAACUCUUUAGUAUUAAGUGUGAAAAAUGAUUCAGAUCCAUUAGAAAAAAGUAAGCAGUAUACAGUGAGGAUUAUGGCUAAAAAUUCACAAGGAGAAUCACAGUAUUCCACUAGCAAUCUAAUCAAGCUUUUGGAUGAAGAGCCUAUUUUUGUGCCAGAUGUUACAGUAACCGGAGUUACUUCUAGCUCUAUAACUAUCAAAUGGAGUGCUCCACCAGAUAAAUUUAAAGACCAUAUUCACUACUACCACUUACUUCUUCAGCCAGUUAACUCUACACAAAAGAAAGAAGCUCUUCAACCAACAACAAAGGAUUACAUCUACAUGUUUUCUGAACUAGACUCUGCUAAGAAAUAUAUUUUCCAAGUAGCAGCUUGUAGUGACUUCACCAAGAAAUGUGGACCUUGGUCUAAACCUGUUGAAGGCAUCACGAUGGAUGGAAUAGCUGGACCCCCUUCAAAUGCUACUGUGGAGUGCAGGUUUGAUAACAUAAGUAAUACUAAUUUUGUUUAUGUUGCUUGGCAACCUCCUGCUGUACCUCAUGGUAAAAUAAUGUCUUAUAAUGUCCAUCUAGAAGGCAGAGCAAGUUUUGUUAAUGAACAAGGCAAUGAGGAGCACAUCACAUGGGGGCCUAAAGUUACUAGUACCAGUGAGACUACUUUGUUCACAAGAUUACAUGUUUCAGCUAAUACAAAUUACACAGUAAUGAUUUCAGGAGUGACAAGGAUUAGGAAAAAUGGUCAUCCAGUAACUUUGCAUUGUACAAUGCCUCCUGCAGCACCAGAUAAACAAAAACUAUCUAGAGUUCACUGGAGGAAGAUUGAAGAGCAACGAAAAUGGAUCUUCAAGUUAUUGUUACCCAGAAUUUCUGAGAGAAAUGGGAAAAUUUGCUGUUUCCGAAUUUACAUGGUACGAAUGGAAUCCCAGCAAAAAUUGUCAAAUCUACCACAUCCUGAGGAUUUAACAAUAAUGUCAUACCAAGAGGCGCAUAGAACUCCAAAAGGGGGUGCUUAUGUUGCUGAAAUGUUCACCAGUGCAAACUUCCAUCCAGAAGUAUUUUUAGGAGAUGAACAGAUGUUUAAUGCUAGCGAAAAUUCUCAAUGUGAUGAAUGCAUUGGUUUGAGACCAUACAAUACACCAAGGGUUGAAAAAACAAAUGUUAAGAAAGACAACACUUCCAAUAGAGUAGCUCGAGAAGAAAUUCUUAGUGACCCCUUACCACCAUAUGAUGGUAGUCUAGAUAUCAAUAGCAACUAUACAGGUUUUGUUGAAAUAAUAGUAUAUGGAAUCAAGCCAGCUCAUAUAGUGAGUUACACUCACUAUUUGGACAUGAUGAAUCCUGGACCUGAGGUUAUUAUAGCACCCACAGAAGGUGCAUUAAGCCUUAUAAUGCAGAUCAUGUGUGGCUUAGUCAUUGUGAUUAUAGUUUUGCUUGGAGCAUUGUGUAUUUUGCACAAAUAUACUAAGCAAGCUCAUGCCCAGGCAGUUGAAAUGAUAACCUUCAGGACCUCCUUGAGAGGUUUAAGAGGCAGACAAAGGCUUGUUUCACUGAACCCUCCUGAUAUGUCACCUAUCACUAAAGCAGAUCUGAUAUCAGCAUACAUUGAGCAUCACAGAGAUUCUGAUUAUGGUUUCCAACAAGAAUUUGAGCUACUUCCAGAUAGAUUUUCAGACAGGACUACUAGAGCAUCAGAUAGCAGGGAGAAUGUCUACAAAAAUAGAUAUCCGGAUAUUAAGGCCUAUGACCAGACUAGAGUUAAGCUAGCUCAAGUAGACAGUAUUGCAGGUUCAGAUUACAUCAAUGCAAAUUAUGUUAUGGGGUAUAAAGAACGGAAAAAGUUCAUUUGUGCUCAAGGCCCAAUGGACACAACUGUCAAUGAGUUUUGGAGAAUGAUAUGGGAACAGAACUUGGAACUGAUUCUUAUGCUGACUAAUUUAGAAGAGUACAGUAAAACUAAAUGUGCCAAGUACUGGCCUGAUAAGACUGAUGGUGAUAAGGUUUUUGGUGAUAUAACUGUCACACAUAUGGAUGAAACUAGGUUCUCUGAUUAUAUUAUUAGAGAAUUGAAAGUCAAGAGAAACAUCAAUGGUAAAGACUCUGAAGAAAGGUUCAUUACACAAUACCACUACCUUGUUUGGAAAGAUUUCAUGGCACCAGAGCAUCCGAAUGGAAUAAUUAGGUUUAUCAAAAGGGUAAAUGAAGUAUAUUCACCAGAAAAAGGCAGCAUUCUUGUACAUUGUAGUGCAGGAGUGGGAAGAACUGGAACAUUGGUUGCUCUAGACUGCCUCAUGCAACAAUUAAGAGAAGAAGGCCACGUGUCCAUCUUUAACACAAUCUGUGACCUGAGGCACCAGAGGAACUUCCUAGUGCAGUCCCUUAAGCAGUACAUAUUCAUCUACAGAGCUUUGAUGGAGGUAGCUCAAUAUGGAGAUACAGAGAUCCAUGCCAAUGAGCUGAAGAGUACUUUGGAGAGGCUCAGGCAAUGUGAUAAUGGGAAGACUAAAUGUAAAUUGGAGGAAGAGUUUGAUAACAUCAUCAAUGCAUUCGAGGAUAGGAAGUCCUGCUCAGUUGCAAGUGGAGAGGAGAAUAGAGGGAAGAAUAGGAGUGAUAAUGUUAUACCUUAUGAUAGGAACAGGGUGAUUUUGACACCAUUGGCAGGUAAAGAUCAUUCUACAUAUAUCAACGCCAGCUUUAUUGAGGGCUAUGACAAUAGUGAGGCUUUCAUAAUAACCCAGGAUCCCCUAGAAUGUACAGUAAACGAUUUUUGGCGCAUGAUAUCGGAACAAGGUAUUAGCGUGAUUGUAAUGCUAUCUGAACUUGGUGAGGGAAAAUGCACCAGGUAUUGGCCUGAGGAAGAUGAAGCUAACUAUGAUCAUAUCCACGUGAGAUAUGUCAAUGCUGAGACAUGUCCAUAUUACACCAGGAGAGAAUUCAUUAUCAAGAGCAGGGAUGGCGAAGAUCAGAAGGUGGUGCAUCUCCAAUACCACGGCUGGCCCACAGUAGACGGCGAAGUGCCCGAAGUAACCAGAGGCAUGACAGAACUAGUAGACUAUUCUCAAGCGAUGCUGGUAAAGAACAGUUGCACCCCAUCCAUGGUAGUGCAUUGCAACCUGGGAUCAGAUCGCAGCUCAAUGUUCGUAGGCCUUAGCAUCCUGGUGCAGCAGCUGAAGACUGAAAGGCGAGUUGACGUGUUCACAGUAACGAGGAAGCUGCGUUCACAGCGACAGGCGCUGGUGAAUAGCUUCGCACAGUACGAGUUCCUCCACAGGGCGAUAGUGAACUAUGCAGAGCUACACGAGUUGUCCGAUUCGUCCUCGUAAUAUGGUUGUAUAUAAUUUGGGAUGACGUUUUUUGGGGCGGUGGUCAAACUGUAGAUAAUUUCGCCAUUAUUUUCUAACACGGCAGAAAGAUAUGGGAUUACGUGUAAGUCGAGACUUAUCUAUAAAAUUAGCGCAAAUGGUUUAGGCUUCCUGCUAGAUCAAUUCUGAAAAACAGAACAAUUGUAUAGUAACUUUUUUUUACACUGAAGCAGCUGAGCAGGCAGAAGCGGCUGCCAUAAGCUUAAAGAAACUUUGUUAAUCCAAUUUUUGAACUAAGGUUAAUUGAACUACGUAAAGCCUCCUCAUGCAGAUUGUUCUACAAUCUCGAUACCCUAGGGACAAAGGAGCGGGCGUUCCGGCCAUUUAUAGAUGUUCGUAGUUCAACGUGGUUACAAUAGGAGGCUGCCGUCAGGCGGGUCUUUCUGGCAGGCUGAUCUCGCGGCAGUAUCAUACAGGAGAGCUCUGAGGAACAAAGCUCGUUGGUGUAGCGGUAGAAGAGAGCUAGAUCGCCGAUGGGCCGCUGGUUCGGAGGGGUCCCGAGACUCCGGUAGACAAGAGUCAUCGGUCAGCCCUCCUCUGAACAGCAAUGAGCAUGGAUAAUGUAGUCGGAGCGGCAGCACCAUAAACAUUUGAGCUGUACUCGAGGGUAGGUCUAAUAGGAAGUAGACCAGGUCCUAUUACUUUUCAGAUAACUGUAUUUUCUAACGUUUGCUUGAUAGAAAGGCAGUUACCUGGAUCUUGGAAAACGUCAAAGAGCUAUCAGAAAAAUACUCGAAGUGUAAUUGAACUACGCCCACUUUCUUUUCGUAAUUCCACUCACUCGUUUUCGAGAAUUGCUCUACUGUACAAUCUUCCUAUCUCCUGUGUUACACAUUUGUUUUUUUUACAAGAGCAAAAACCACAAUGGUGAGAAGCAGUUGUUUUAAUUUAGGAAUAGGUAAGAGCUAUACAUCUCUGUUAACUAUUUGGUUAGUGAUAGAAAAAAAAAGGCAAAACCAAUAUGGAGGUCCACCCAUUUGUUCUCGACAUAGAAUCUCAAAAGACGUUGAAAGCACUUUACGGCUUAUUUUACAAGGUUUUAUGGCCUAGUACAAUGGAGCUUAUGUACCAGGAGAACCGGCGAAAAGAGAAAAGAAAACUUGACGCCUAACAUUCAGUCAGGGUAUCGGUUAGGAAAAAAUUUAAUUACAAACUGACUUGUGCUGAUACCACAGGUUGAUACUGGACUAAGUCGUGAGAUCUCCCCUGCAGGACUCUAUAGGCUAAUCAGGUAGAUGCUUACACGUUUUACGAAUAACUUCUGUUUUCAUGGGUAUAAAUCACACUCAAGAUUUUACCUUUUCUAAUACACCUGGAACAAAUUCUUGUAUAUUUUUGUUAUUCCUAUAUCAAGGUACCUCAACUUCAAUUACUUGAUCCAGAAAUCUUGACCUCUUUUGGAGAAGAAUAGCAGGAGUUCCAAACAAUGAAUCAUGCUCCCCUCAUUGAACAAUCACCACAGCACAAAGAAAGGCUUUUCAAACAGUUUUUCACAAAUAACAGUAACAAUUUCCAACAUAUUUCCGACUAUUAAUACCGAACAUUUACGAGAAAUAAGCAAAUAUUGAGCUAAUUUAUGUUCAUAUGGGGAAUCUGUUAAAGCACAGCGUUGGUCGGACAGAAUUUUCCUAGAACAAGCACAACAAUUCAUCAUAAUUUUUACUUUAAAAAGUCCCCCAAAUCAUAGUUAAUUAAUGGAGUUUUGGCUCAAAGAGCGAGUGGGUGCUUUCUAUCGGUCACACGUGUGAUAUCCCCGAGAACAUUAUGUCCCAAAAAAAUUACCUAAGUAAAAAUCUCCUGAAUUUGGGAAAAAUCUUCACCAUGGCAACCACUGGUAUCCCACGCGUCAAGUUUCGGGGUCGUAGUAGCUUCUCCUGGUAUAUAGGCUAUAGUUUCUUCAUAUUUACAAAAAUUUUCCUGAUUCUUCAUUUUAUGGGAUUUAGAAAUUAAUGAUAAAUAAUGUCGAAAUCAUUUUACAGUUUGAGAUGGUCUUUCGAAGGAUUUAUUUAUGCAUGAAGUAGAUAAUUUUUGUACAUAAACGAAACAAGUACGGUAAGCUCGCGGGCAAAAAUACUUUGAGUAUUUAGGAUGUCCCAAUAUUAUGUGUCAUAUGAUCUCGUUGUGCCAUUUACUUUUCUGAAAUACUUAUUUCAUAUCUGCUGCCAUAUUGACUAUCUUUUAACAUUCGUCAGCAUUUUUAAUGAAAUACAGUUUUGGGGCAUUCUAUUCAAAAACGAAUUAGGUCUCUUAAGUUUUCAGACAUGCACCACUGGAAACCAAAUCAGAUUAUAAUAGGUAUGUAUAGUGGUGGUUAGCAUACCUAAGUCGAUACCACGUAAUAUACGAGACGUUUGCAACUAACUUUUCGACGUAUCAGCAGUUUAUUAAAUGGUGAAAUAGCUUCAUCAUUAUCAAAAAUUAGUCAGGAAUAAAUGGUUCUCUUCACAUUGCAAAACGUUUCUUUUUUAACCUAUUCUCCAGUUACGAAUAUCCUAUUAUUGAUAACUGAUCGAAUUUGGUACAAUCACCUCAACUCCUGGUCACAAAUAUUUUUUAUUUUUCCUUCUACAGAAAUUACAUCACAGAAAAGUACCUGCAUUUUUUAUUUAAUGGAUAGAUUUUUGAAACUCGCAUUAAAAUUUGAAGAAUGGAUUUUAGGAAAAUUUGGCAGUCUUGAUGUUGAACGUUGCCCAGUUUAAUGCGACAUCUGGAGAAAUAAGUACAGGGUGGGACAUUCAGUUGAGCGGAUUUUGAAAAAUGAUAAAAAACUACAAAGCAUAGAGAAGAUAAUUUAUAUUUUUAAUGAAGUAGACACAUGGGAAUUUCAUGUUUUAAAAAUAACAUCAUUGAGAUAUGAGUCGUCAAGACGACUUCAUCGUCGGCGGUUUAUUGGCGUAAACACUGCCCUUGAGGUAUCGCCAGAGAAAAAAAUCCAGUGGCCACGGAAUGUCCCCUCGUUGCGAUAUCAGUUUUCCACUAAGUAUUUCGUUUACAACUGCUAAAGACUCGUUGGCGGUAUGGGAUAUCUAGCCAUCUAGUUGAAACCAGGUCCUGCUAUGGUAGGCUUCAACAUUAUGCAGUUGUGUAAAGAAAAAGUUACGUAUCAUUGCUGUGUAGCGAAUUUUCUGUUACAGUCUGGCUUUGCUCGUUUUCGAAGACCGCCCAAACUGUGACACCGCGAAUGCAAAGGUCGUUGGUGUUUUGAUUUGGGAUUUUCUGCGGAGUACCGGUAAUUUUGCUUGUUGACAAAUCCACUCAAAUGAAAAUGAGCUUCAUCAGAAAAGAGAAUAUCGUUCAAACUUGGAAAGCGCUCUAAUAUUGUUUCGGCAAACGUACGGCGUAGAUGGUGAGCCUGCGGUUUCAAUUCCUGCACAGUUGAAGUUUAUAUGGGUGCAAUUUAAGGUAUUUUACCAAAAUGCAUCUUACAGAUGAGAUGUUCUUGACACCUGAUCUCUUGCGGGAUGAUAACCGUGGAUCGCGCCGUACUGACGUCGGAACUUCGCUUACAGUUUCCUCUGUUCGUAUUGACCUUGGAUGCCCUGCAGGUUUCUGAUUCAGUGUCGAACCGGUAGACUCGAACUUUCUGAUCACCUGAUCACAUUUUUACUAUGACAUUGAUCGUGUAAAUUAAACUGAGAGCGUAACAGACGCCACGCAAAAGUGUAUGAAUUUCCAUUUUUGUAAUAAGCCUAAAUGCCGGGCCCACACACUACAGUACAUCGGAGAGGUCUAUUUGUGCAGGUAGACCAAUGUGUGUGUCGAAAUAGACCUGUGCAGAUUUUUGAACCUGUUCAGGCGACCGGUGCAAGAUCGAAAUUCAAUAAUUUCCACUGACACCGCAGGGUAUGUGUGCGCACGUCUCGUCAGGUAUCUAGCUAGUUUUUUGGUGAACGUCACGUCGAAUUCCUCAAUUCAAUACUAAAAUGCAGGCAAACCUACACAUGUAACCUCUCCGGUGUACCGUAGUGUGUGGCCGGCAUAAUUAAACACAACUUCAAGCGCUACUUAUCCCGCUCCCGCGUGCCUGUCACGAGCAAUGCGGUUUUGAAAUUCGUACGUCCUUCUGGUCCACCCUGUACAAAAGGAUAAUCAUUAUAUUCUAACUGUUGACAAACGUUUGUAUGCGGACACUUUCAGGAAAAUUUUCUGUGAAGGAAAAACAAAGUAAAUCAAGAACAUAUUGUCAUUCCAAAAACCUGAUAUUGGUCUCAUUAAUAGUUAGGUAUUUUUUAUAUGCAUGUAUUUAUACAUAUUAGAAUUAUGUAUUUAUAUUCCGAUUUAGGUAUGAAAUUUCAUCGUGUUGAAACCAAAGGACUUAGCCUGUAAGUAUAUUCCGUUGAAAUGAUUUUUUAUAAUAUACACAUACUUAAUUGUAAGAUGGACUAUAUAAAUAGCUUUUUGCUCAAGUUUGGUACUGCUGCAAAGACAAUUUUUGUACGGAGAAACACGUAGGACUAAAUGAACGCGUGAAUGCUAUAGGUGAAAGGAGCAAGUUAACGUUUCCUUAAAAUAACUCUCAAUUCAAAAUUUGUGUCAAUAACAGAAAAUAUUAGGGAAUAUAUUUAUUUACAUUUAUUUUCGUAUUUCUUUUAGAUUUUAAAUUGCCCUAGUUUAGAAUAAUAUCUUUUCAUUAAUCAUGUCAAUAUAUUGAAAUCAUCAAAUUUUUGUUUUAAAGUAGAGUUAUUUUAAGGAAAUUUUAACUACACGUUUGGAAGUUUCAAGCUUGUAGCUAAUAUUAGCAAAAUAAUGCUUAAAUAAAGCACAUUUCUUUUAUCUGAACAAUGGUGUCAAUCAUGUCAAUGUUGUGCAUAGAUUAUAAUAAUCACUUGAUUUUGUAGCCUGUUUCGAUGUAAUCUUGCUGUGCCAAUUUUGAUACAAAAUAUCGACCAAAAAAUAGAGCAAAAAUAUAACCUUGAAGCAUCGGUUGUGGAAAUUAGUGCGUAGUAUAUAUGUGACAGCAUUGUUGAGGUGAAUUAUGUCACUAUAUCGUUAAAACAUUUUAAGACGUACUUAAAAUGCUUUUAUAAUGUAUAGAAUUUACAUGUUACGACAUAUAACGCAAUUUAAUCUAAACUAAGCAAUUUUGUUUCAUACGAACGUUUUUUAUUGAACGUAAUAUCUUUUCAACUUAUUUUCAAGUAUAUACGUAUUUCAAAUAGAAAAGUUCGAUUAAAGAUCUGGUGAGAAAUUUCAUCAUCAAAAAACAGUAAACAUUCCAAAAAUGUAUGACUUUUUGAAUGCACUACAGCAUAAUUUCCACAAAGUUUUUUCACAAGCUUUGUUUUUACCAUUGUGCUUGUUUGUUAACUUUUUUAUAUUGAAGUAAAUUGUGAUUUCUUUUAUAUUCAGCUAAGGAAAAACGUGGUAACUACUCAAUAUGAUGGGUUUUGAUACUUAGAUAGUUUGUGAUUUUAGUUUCUGAUAACUUUAACCUUUAACUACUCGCGCAUUUUUAUUUCACGUUACUACUCGCGCGGUGUAUUUUGUACACCGUUGCAAGUUAUGAUCCAAAUAUAUGUUUUGUUUGCCCUAUAAGUUAUAGCUGUGGUAAUAAGAGCAACUGUUGAACUCAAAUACAUAUUUAUUAGCAAAAAUAGUAAACAAAAUCAAAUAAGACAGUAAAAAUAAAUUGAAAAAAACAACCAUAAUUAAUAAUUCUCUAUUCACUAUGGGAUCCGCCUUCCUUACAUUUGUGGCAGGUGAUAACGUUGACACUAUGCUCUUUACACACUAACUGGUGACAAAUGCUGCAUGUAAUUGUGGUAACUCUAUUUUUUUUUUUCGGGCGCAGAUGGAGCAUCUUCCUCUAAUUUUUCUGGGUGGCUCCUCUUCUUCAUCCAUUUGAGUUUGUCUAUAUCUGGAUAGGAAAUGUCUGAUAUCUAUAGGUAACGUAGGUAUUGCAGCUCUUUCAGAAAGAAAAGGUUUCAUCAAUGACAGAGCAAGAGUUU